AAGAAAGUCCGGUGGGCGGGAGCGCGCGCUCUAGAGGUGCAUGCAUGGAGAUGAGGAACUUCCUCAGGAGCCUAGCGACCGGGAGCGCGCCGAACCGGUAAAUUAGUACACAAAGGAGAGUUUGCCCCACACCCGUUCACAUUAUGUUUGAAUCCCCGUGUAAAUCGAUAAAUGUCCUCAACGCGUGGUCGGAGAGUCAGGAAGAGUUGCGCGAGACGCAACCGGCGUCUCUUCCUCGCGGGACGGGAAAGCGAGUCAAGAUAAAAAAGAAACAGCGAAAAGAGCAGCACAGCGAUAAACGCUCCGUCUCGGCCCCUCAGUUGUGCAUCGACGACGACGUUCAGGGGCUUAAAGAAACGAAAUAUAGACCGGACGAACCGAUUGUGAGAGGAAUCUUCCAAAUCGGGAAAAAGAGCCAUGACGUGGUUCUCACAGCAACGCGGGUAACAUGGACGCCCAUUCAGCCCGAAACCCCUACAGCUGACCGUAAUGUGAAGAAGCAGGAGGAGUGUGUGGAGCUAAAGGAUGUGUUUGCUGUGAAGGUGAAGCGGAGACGCUCCGUCGGGCAGCAGUCGGGUGGAACUCUGCUGGGCAUCACACUCUUUCAGUGCAAGAAGAAAGGGCUCAAACUAAAGGACCAUGCCAUCCACUUCAACAACAUGAGCGUGGACCACUGUGAGACUUGGUUCAAAAGCCUUAAAGAGAUCCUCAGCGGUUUCAAGAACCGCCCUAAAUCUCUCAAAGUCUUUGUGAACCCCAUCAGCCACAAGAAAGAGGCGUACCAGAUCUACCUGGACAAAGUGGCCCCGCUCUUCAAGCUCGCUGACAUAGAAACCAACGUCACCGUCACUAAGCGAAAGGGCCAGGCUCUGUCCAUUCUGAGAGACUGCAGCUUGCAAGAAUAUGAUGGUGUGGUAUGUGUUGGGGGAGAUGGCUCUGUGGCUGAGGUGGCCCACGGGUUGCUUCUCCGAGCCCAGAUGGACGCUGGGAGGGACACAGAUUCCAUCUUCACGCCUGUCCAAGCAGCACUUCCUCUCGGCAUAAUACCAGCAGGUUCUACUGACGUGGUGGCGUGCUCUGUGCAUGGAGUAAGACGCGCAGUGACUGCGACCUUGCACAUCAUCAUGGGUCAUCAUCAGCCUGUGGACGUGUGCAGCUUUAGCUCUAUGGGUCGUCUGGUGAGGUUCGGUUUCUCGGCCAUGUUUGGUUUCGGUGGGCGGACGCUCGCACUGGCAGAGAGACACCGCUGGAUGCCACCCAGCCAGCGUCGGGAGUUCGCUCUCAUUAAAACACUGGCAAACCUCAAACCUGAAGACUGCGAACUGUCCUUUAUAACCAGCAGAGGAGCUGAGGAUCAGACAAAAGCUGAGCAAAACAGAGAUGGAGAAGCCAUUUGUGAGGGUGACUCCUGGCAGACCAGACAUGGCCUGUACCUGAAUAUCAGCAUCAUGGCUAUUCCCUGCCUGUGUUCAAUGGCCCCCAGGGGCCUGGCUCCAAACACCAGGCUGAACAAUGGCAGUAUGGCGCUAAUAGUUGUUGACAACACAUCCAGGUCAGAAUUCAUCAAGCACUUGAAGAGAUACGGCAGCACAAAUAACCAGUUUGGUUUCUCUUUUAUCGAGACACACACCGUAAAGGCAGUGAGGCUGCGUCCACGCUCUCAGGGAGGCUGGGCUGAAGACGUCUUGGAGGAGAACGAGGAGAGCGAUUCAAAAACAGUGCCCAUCAUCUCCUCCGAAGGAACGUACCCCUGGAACAUUGACGGAGAUCUCUUAGAGGUCACAUCUGAACUCCUGAUCAGGGUUCACCCGCAGCUCCUCACACUCUUCGGAGCCGACGUGGAGGAGGCGGAGGAGUCGCCAGUUAAAUGCAGCUGUAUCUGAACACACAACCACACACACACACACACAAAGAGAGAUUGUGCUUGAUAGCAUUAAUGAACAAAUUGUACAAAGCAAAGCUUUAACAUGUAUAUAUAGAACAUUUUAUGUCAGAGCAAAAACAAAAUGACACACAGUACAUUCCAGUGCAUACGAUUUUAAAUUAAACCAAAGUCAAUUUUUCAACAAUUUUUUUUUAAAGACAGGAGAAAAAACAAAACAAAAACAAAUAAAAAACAUGAACCUGUUAAAAAUACUGAUAUGAAAGCAAUGUGCUAGUCCCUGAACAGUAGCGUUUUUUUUGUUUUUUUUUAUGGCGAGGAACUGAUUUGAUAUGGCUUCGCAAAUCUAAAGAUUAUGUCCCACAUUUUUAGCUUUGAUUCUGACGGGACUGUUUGGUCUCGAUCCUUUUAGAUCUCGUUCAUACAAUCAGCCGACUUUCUCACAUUUUAUGCACGUAUUUUGGGGGGAAAUAGAUUUGAAAAUGUCACUAUUUUUAUUAAAUUGAAUUAAUUUUUUUUAUAAAACUUUUUUAUUUAUACAAAUAAUCAACACCAUCUUUGUUUCUUAUAACACAGCAUCAAAAAUCAUUCAGCAUAUGAUGACAUAUUUGGCAUGAUAAUCAGGUUUUGUAAAUAAAUUAAAUCAGACCAUCCCACUUUGAUUGUAUACAAAGAAAAAACUAAUUUUCUUUGUGAAUUUGUGUUCUGCAAACUCCCAUUGUUUACCCAAUUAUUGAAUUAAUUCUUGUUCGAUGCUAUUUUCGUAAACAUUUUCAUUAACACCCUUAGCUAAACUAUUUCCAACUUGAACAGACAAAAGGGGGAUGAGUGGAUCUAUGAAUGACGGGCACGUGCUGAUGGUGCUGUGUGUAUUUGCGUCAUAUAAAUUGAAUACACGCACUCUUAAGGAAUGGCUGGAAGCCAGACACAUGCCAAUCUCGUCACUCUUCUUUAGCGCAGUACACACACAACAGCAGCCUCCUUUGCUCCGUUUCCAUGGCACCCAGCCAGAGCAGCGGAAAACACUCGCUUCAUCCAUCUGGCGUCUCCGUUCAAACUUCUUACCACUGAACUCAGCAGUGAGAGUUUGGGAGGAGAAUGCGUGUCAUUUCCUACUUUUUUUUUUUUUAAGGAGAACGACACCACAGUGAUGUCAAGGUGUGAAAACCCUUCCACAGCAAUGUUCUGUAUCGGCAAGGGUGACGGAAAGAUCCUGUCACCUCUGAGGAGGGUGUACUAACUUGCGGGUGUAAAAAAGCCAGUAAGUGUAACCUUAGCAAGAAAAGCUACGGCAGUGCAAUUUCUUCUUUACAGCAGCCCAACAGCCAAUAUGUUCAGUGAUCGUAGGCAAACCUGUGAUGAAACAAUCAGGCUCUGUUCCAAAACCUAGCGAGCUGCCUUGCCGUCCAUGCAGCCUACAUAGGCAGCUGUUUUUUAAGACGGCACCAAAACUCAAUUAGAACCCGAUAGUUGAGUCUCGGCUCACGAUUGAUCUCAAUUGGAUUUUAAUGUUAGCAGGCUGCCGUCAAAUCGAUUAAUCAUGAUUAUAUAUAUAUAUAUAUAUAUA